UCUGCUCGCGCCUGAAACGAGCAUCUUUAGUCAUCAUCAUCUUUAAGUAGAUUAUUUUAACUAAAUACUUUUACCAAAGCCUCGUUUCGCGUAUUCGGUUGUGCCACCUUCGAUUACUCUCUCCGUUUCGACUACAGUUGUAACGUCAAUCCCUAAUUCAGAUGGCUGAUUCGUUCACUGAGGUGGAUAAGUUAAGAGACGGCCUGCGCGAGCGCCUCGAAACGGCCGACAAACGCCAGGAGGACAUCAGCAGACAGGAUGUUUUGACGCGCAUUGAGAGAGUCAUUCAGACGAUAGUCACCAGCGUCUCUGAAGGAGAAGCACCUGUGCUGAGAUUGAUUAAUAGAGGAAACUGGGACAAUGUCAGAUUUCUUAAGUCUGUAGGUUUGGUACGGAAAGCAGACGUCCCAGAGACGGCCCUCCGAUGUGACUGCCCUUUAUCAGCCGCCAGAUUUGCCCUGAUUUUGAAGCUCUUGUCUAUUAUUUACAAACUUGUGCAAAGUGACUCCUAUGCUACUAAAAGGGACAUAUACUAUAACGAUCCACAGCUGUUCGGGUCCCAGAGGACCUUGGACUCCGUCCUGGAUGACGUUUCAUGCAUGCUCGAGGUUCCUCGCAGGAGUCUGCAUGUGUUUGCCACAUCCAAAGGCUUAAUGUCAGGUGAUCUGUGUUACUUGGAGGAAGAUGGCACAAAAGUGGACUGCAAUUCCAGCUCCACCGCGGUUCCGGUGUCUUCCAAUGUUAAUGGGAUCAGAAACAUUGUAUCAGCUGCAAAAUUCAUUCUGAUAGUGGAGAAGGAUGCAACUUUCCAGAGACUGCUGGACGAUGACCUUUGCACCAGACUUUCUCCCUGCAUCAUCAUAACUGGCAAAGGGGUGCCUGAUGUUAACAGCAGACUGAUGGUGAAGAAACUGUGGGACACGCUACACGUCCCCGUCUUUGCUCUGGUGGAUGCAGAUCCUCACGGCAUCGAGAUCAUGUGCAUCUACAAGUACGGCUCACGGGCAAUGGCCUUCGAGGCCCACAGUCUGACUGUCCCCAGUGUGCUGUGGUUGGGCCUCCUGCCUUCAGACAUCCAGAGGUACAGAGUCCCAGAGGAAACGCUUAUUCCAUUUUCUCAAGCAGACGAGAGGAAAAUUCACAGCUUGAGGAGCAGAGAGUACAUCGCCUGCCAACCCGCCUGGGAGAGAGAGAUAGAAACCAUGCAGAGGCUGAAGCAGAAAGCUGAGAUACAGUGCCUGGCUUCCAUCGCCCCACAUUUCCUCACUCGAGUCUACCUGCCGAAUAAACUGCGCUACGGAGGCUGGAGAUGAGCGUGUGCUGCCCUCUGCUGAUGUGACCUUAGAUGAGACGGAGACUGAGCUAGGAACUCAGAUGUGCCUCUGCUCUGGGAUGGCACACGUUUGCUUGGGCUGUGAAUAUAAUGCAGCGGAACAAUAACCUACAUAAAUAAACUCAUGCCUUUCGCAUUAAAUGUUUAAUUCGGUUUUUUAAGUAAUAAUAAACCUUCCUAAAUGAUAUUAGUGCAGUUAGUGUUUAUUAUGGAGGCGUUGGCUUCACGCUUAUUUUUUGGUUUAUAAAUGUGUGUUUAUUUUGUUAGUUAAUUAUUUAUUUUUGGAGGUAAAUGCAUGGAUGGUUCUUCAGGUGUUUGACAUAAUGUCGAGACUCUCGUUUAGCGCCAGGGGGCGGUGUGCACUCACUUUUCUUUUAUUCAGAAGACAUUGCACACUUUUGACCCUUCUUAGAUUGUGAGGUUAAGGCAAAUACUAAUGACAGAGUCAUAUUUGUCCAGUAUAAAGCUUCUGAGUUCAGGAAAAAGGUGGAUAUCAAAACUUUUUUUCCAUUAAUGCUUUAUACUCUUUCGUCCUUUUAUUAAUAUUGAAGCAUGUUACUUGAUUCAUUUUAGGACGAUGAGGUCUGGUGUCCUGAUGACAUUAUCUGUCUGUCCUCGGUCGACUGCUGUCCCUGGGAGCUUCCUCACUGUGGUCCUGAGCCAAUGAACUGAUGAAUAGAGAGCGCGACACUUGGCACAAACAAGCUACACAAUCAAGCCUGCGACACUUAAAGCUGAUUCUGACGGCACCCAUUCACUGCAGAGGAUCCACUGGCGAACAAGUGAUGUAAUGCUACAUUUCUCCAAAUCCGAUGAAGAAACAAACUCAUCUUUUGGAUGGCCUGGGGGUGAGUAAAUGUUUUUGCAAAUGUUAAUUUCCAACAAAGCACAUUUGACCUGAAUGUGGCUCAUUAAGAUACAUUUUCUUUUUCAAAAAGGUCUAAAAACAAUAAUUUUGAUAACAUGCUGGAAUGAUUGAGACUGAUGAACGCUGUGCAUGUUAUCAGGGUUGAAGCUAAAUCUUCUGUGAUAAAAAAGCCAAGGUAUUGGAGCUAAACAGUACAGGUUUCACAGAUACUAUCUAAACUCUUCCAAUAAUUAUUAUGCAAAUCUAAUUGCAAAUUUCAGUCUGCAUGCCAGAACACAAGUAACAAAUUAGCCAGGCCUCACGUGAUUAUUUUCAAGUGCUAAACAAUCUCAACAAUACUCUACGACCGAUGGAAAAUAAAAUAAGGAGAUCUUCUGAGUUGGGGGUUAUUGUCGUUGGAUGGAGACAUUUGUCCGCAGACAAAGGGUCUUUCAGGCCCUUUCAGGUUUGAGAGGUGUGAACACCUGCAGCUCACAGUCUUUGAGGCUGGAGAGGGUGUGAGGUGUCCAUCGGUGCUCAACACCAAAGCCUUAAUACUUAGCAAAGACAUGCCAAUAAAGUCACUCCUGCGUCUCGCCCUGCUCAGUUAUUCCCAGCAAA